AUGGGUGCUGAUACAAGUCGUGCUGCUUCUAACAUUACUAUCCAAUUUAACCAAGCACAACCUUUUAGAGCAGGUCAACACAUAACAGGUACUGUAGCAUUUAACAAUACAUUUGUAGACGAUGUUAAAAUUCAACGGAUCUUUGCUGAAUUUGUGGGCGAAGUUGUUUAUACAACUAAACAAUACACUGGAAGUGGAUACUACAAUGUUAAUCAUUACGAACCUUUCUUUCAACAGUUACAAUGUCUGCAAGAAAAACAAGAUAGUUUUUCUCUUGAGAAAGGUUAUAUGUCAUGGCCAAUUUCCUUUUCUCUAGCUGAUUUUCUUCCGCCAAUACUCAAUCAACUGUCAAGUCAUGGCCCGUAUAUUCAUUAUAAGGUUCGUGUUGUUUUCGAACGGCCAGAAAAACUUAAAAAGAAUGUUCACCAAGAUUUUUUCGUCUUUGUCAUUGCUAAUCCAUCAUCUAACUUACAUUCAACAUAUCUUCCGCUGGAAGCAACCAAUAAUAAUCGUAGUGAUGUUACUUUUAAAUCUGCUUUGGUUGAUAGAAAUGGUCCUCUUACACCUGGUGACAUAUUUCUGCUUAACGUUGAAUUAGAUAAUCCAAAGCAUACAACAAUCAAAUCCGUAUCUAUUGAUUUAGUACAGCAUCGUACUAUUGCUAUGGGAGGUCACUGUGAAUUAACUAUUUUUCUAUCGAAAAUAUCUCAAUUGCAAGAAUUCUCUGGUGAACAUUACCGUGAAACACUUAAAUUAGCAAUUCCUACGGAUAACCGUAUCGUUUCUUCGUUCCAUUAUAUGUCACCAACAUUCUCUAAUAAACCAAUUGCUGUCGAAUAUAUGAUUAAAAUCGAAGUGAAAGCCCAUGGAUUAUUUAAGAAUUUUAUUGUAAAUAUUCCCAUUGUUAUACAGUCGACGCAGAUGCACAUGGAAAUAUCUAAUCAAGAAGAAGAACAAUUACCAUCUUAUGAUGCAGCGAUUGAAAAACAAUAA